AACUCUCUCAUCUACUCCCCAAACCUCCCCGUCCCUCCUCUGCCGGCGGCUUCCCUUUCCUCCACCGCGUGCGAGUGAAGGAAAGCGGCGGCGGCGAUGGGGAAGGCGUCGAAGGGCUCGCGGAAGGGGAAGAAGGCGUGGCGCGCCAACAUCAGCACCGAUGACAUCGGCGACUUCUUCGAGAAGCAGACGCGCGACGCCCACGCCGGCGCCGCCGCCAUCCCCUCGCUCCCCUCUGAUUCCCUUUUCUACGUCGACAAGCCCGCCGCCUCCACUUCGGCCGCCGGCGCCUCCGACACAACCACCAAAGAUAUUCCUGCCAAAAGGAAGAUCGAGAAAAAGAGAGAGAAGGUUCUUUAUCACGAGAGUUUGUUGAAGCGGAACCCGUUUAUACAGCCAAUCCCAUCUUCUGUGGUCAGCAAGAAGGAUAAGAAGAAGACAAAGAAGAAGGAAUUGCACGAGACACAGGGAGACAUUAGUGUCCCCAUGGAAGAUGAUUCUGCUGGAAAGAACCUUGACAUAUGGGCGGGGGAUGAUAAAGGAGAUACUAAGGCUAGAAAGAGAUCUACUAAGUCAUUGAUUCCUGCUGUUGAAGUUGAGCCCCAAGGAUGCUCAUUUAAUCCUCCAUUUGAAGCACAUCAAGAUGCUCUUGCUCAAGCAGUUGCGGAUGAAAGGCACAAAACACUCAUGAAAGAGUUGGGGCCCACACCUGUACCACUCAUAAUUUCUGGUGAACCUAUAACUGAAGAAGAUAAAUUCUUCCUUGAUGCUGAUGAUGGAGAUGAAGAUGUCACGGACGAUGAUGGAGAACAGGAUGCUGAUACUUCAGUUGGACAAAGGAAGAACAAAACAAAAAGAGUAACAAGAGUAGAAAUGAACAGAAGAGCUCGUCGUAAGGAGAGGUUAAGAGAAGAGGCAGAAGCAAAGAAAAUGGAAAGUAUUUCAAAAGAAAUUGAUAGCUUGCCAAAUAUAAUUGAUGAGAUAGCUAAAGAGGAUGAGGAAAAGCAAAAGAGGCGCAUACGGCGUACUGUGAUUAAAGAGGAGAGGCUUAAAUCAGGCCCACCUCGUCUGGGCAGACACAAAUUUGAACCAGCUCCUGUUCAAGUUUUAUUGACUGAAGAGAUUAGUGGCUCUCUUAGAAAGCUAAAGGGGUGUUCUAAUCUUACGAGGGAUCGCUACAAGAGCAUUGAGAAACGAGGAUUACUUGCACCAAGCAGGAGAAUAAGCAAGCGUCGGUAGAGAAGCAAGUUCCGGUGGAUGAUAAGGUGAUCUUAACCUUGUGUUCCCCAACAAUAUCGAGGGGACUGAAGAGGCAUAUGAGAUUGGUGCUGGCGAAGAUGAGAAGACCGCGUUAUAAGCGAAGGGCCUGUUUUACUGCAUUUGUUUUUCCUUUUAUGUGUUCCAUGUCUAAUAGGGCAGGCAAUCUUUUGCCCUAGCAAUGUUUUGUGAGUUGCCUGCGAGGCAAAAUUUUGCAAUGGAUCUUAGGAGUUGUAGUGCUUAUCAGUUGCUACAUGAUGUAAGAGCAUAUUUGUAUCAGUUCUGUUCUAGUCGAUGCAAGCGAGCACUACACUAUUGCCAUA